AUGAAGCUCCAUAUCAUCCUCUCCGUUCUUGGAAACACUACAAUCACCAACACAACUUACCAUGAUACUCAUACCGUCAACAUCACAAGCGGGAAAGACAACAUCUAUAAUAGAUAUGCCUUCUGUGAAGUAGAAGGCGUCUUAUCGUAUGGAAGUAACUCCACUCUACAUUUUUCGGUCUACCUACCAGACGCUUCAUCGUACAAUGGCCGAUUCAUGGCUGUCGGUAAUGGCGGUAUGGCUGGAACUCUCGACAAAGCCGCCCUGAUGCAACAAUUAAAUUCUGGCUUUGCAUCUGCGGCUGGGGAUGCGGGUCAUCUUGCCAGUCUCAACAACGCUGGCUCUGGAGCUCCGAACACCUACAUACCUUAUCUACACGAUCCUGAUGAAGUUCAGGCUUGGAUCCACGAUGCUAUCGCUCUGUUCGUACCAUCCACGAAAGAGCUUAUUAAAGCUUACUACAACAAAGAUGCAGCCUAUAGCUACUAUAGCGGUUGCUCCACUGGAGGAGCUCAAGGAUUCGCCCUCGCGCAGUACCACCCAGAGCUCUUUGAUGGUAUUAUUGCUGGAUGUCCAGGAAAUUGGUACUCACAUCUCGCUCUCUCUUUCCUCUGGAAUGCACAGCACGCAGUCGAAAACAGUUCUUAUUAUCUGCCGCAAUCAGUCCUGAACUUCACGGGUCAAGCAGUCUUGGAAGCCUGUGAUACCAACGAUGCCGUCAAGGAUGGAGUGAUUGAGAAUCCCACGAUAACCUGCCUUACGCCUAAGCAAAUCACAGCCGUGAAAGCUAUCUACGCUGGGCCUAGAGACUCGAACACUGGAGAACAGCUCUACCCUGGUUUUGCACAUGGCUCCGAGAUUCAAUGGAUACUUCAAGAAGGCGAACUGUCGAACGCUUUUUCAGUACCCAUCCUACAGAAUCUGGUCUAUGACAGCCUCACUUAUGACGCAUCCACGUUUGACUGGGCAAGCGACGUGUCAGACGUUAAUAUAAACGCCGGAGCGGCAAUCGACGCCAUAAGCACGAACCUUACCGCUUUCCGCGACAGAGGUGGUAGGUUGCUAGUCUACCAAGGCUGGGCUGACCCGUUCAACGCACAAACUUGGCCAAUCCAACACUACGAAGAUGUGCAGUCGUUCUUUGACGAUGACAUCUCUAACUUCUACAACGUGUUCAUGAUACCGGGUGGUGGACAUUGCGGCGCUGCGAGCUUAUAUCCCCAAGUACCUGCAACGUAUCACACUGUACCUGCGCUGAUGAAUUGGGUGGAAAGAGGAGAAAAGCCUGAGGAAGUGUUGACGACAAAUCCGACGGAUGGAGACGUGAGGAGCAGAAAAUUGUGCGCUUGGCCGCGUACGGCGACAUAUGUGCAAGGCAAUGUUGAUGAUUGGACUUCGUAUGUAUGCGAGUAG